CCGGCAGCUGGGAUCACACGGGGAAGGCGGCGGAUGACGGGUGAGGUGGGUGUCAGGCCCCGGGGGCCCCCGUGUAGUCACGUGUACCUGGUCACAUGUCCCCCGCCGGCUCCUGUAGUCCUUAUAGAGAGGAUUCUCACACCUCAGGAUUCGCUGAUUUAUUUGGCGUUAAAUUAAUCCGUCAUCAUGGCCGACCCUGUAUCUGUUGACGCCCUCUCGCCCCUGGAGCUGUAUAACCGGGUGUCAGAGCAGGGAGAGAAAGUCCGGGAACUGAAAACAGGAAAGGCACCGAAAGAGGAAAUUGAUGCCGCGGUGAAGCUUCUCCUGGCUCUGAAGGUUGACUACAAGAAGGCCACUGGCGAGGACUACAAGCCGGGCUCUCCACCCACCAGUGACACCGCGAAUACCAACAAUGGGCUGCCGGCCGCAAGUGACGGGGACGACUUUGUGGAUCCAUGGACUGUACAGACCGGCAGCGCCAAGGGGGUGGACUAUGAUAAACUUAUAGUUCGGUUUGGGAGCAGCAAAAUUGACCAGGAUCUUAUCGAUCGAAUAGAACGUGUUACCGGGAACAAGGCGCAUCACUUCUUACGGAGAGGAAUCUUCUUUUCACACAGGGACAUGCACCAGAUUCUGGAUGCAGUCGAAAACAAGAAGCCAUUUUACCUCUAUACUGGACGGGGGCCAUCUUCAGAUUCCAUGCACGUCGGUCACCUCGUUCCAUUCAUCUUCACCAAGUGGUUGCAGGAAACAUUUAACGUCCCGCUGGUCGUCCAGAUGACGGACGAUGAGAAGUAUCUGUGGAAAGACUUGACCCUAGAGAAAGCCUAUCAGUACACAAUAGAAAACGCCAAGGACAUCAUAGCGUGCGGCUUCGAUGUUAACAAGACCUUCAUCUUCUCUGACCUGGAAUACAUGGGGAUGAGUUCAGGUUUCUACAAAAAUGUCGUCCGAGUCCAGAAACAUGUAACGUUCAACCAAGUUAAAGGGAUAUUCGGCUUUACAGACAGUGACUGCAUCGGUAAAAUCAGCUUUCCUGCUAUUCAGGCUGCACCGUCCUUCAGCAGCUCCUUCCCGGAAAUAUUCAAUGGCAGAAAAGAUAUUCAGUGUCUCAUUCCGUGCGCCAUCGACCAGGAUCCGUACUUCAGAAUGACCCGGGAUGUGGCCCCCAGGAUCAGCUACCCUAAACCGGCCUUGAUGCAUUCUACCUUCUUUCCUGCCUUGCAAGGGGCACAGACAAAAAUGAGCGCCAGCGAUCCCAAUUCUUCCAUUUUCCUCACAGACACUCCCAAACAGAUAAAGAAUAAGGUCAAUAAGCAUGCGUUUUCAGGGGGGAAAGAUACCAUUGAAGAACACCGGAAAUAUGGUGGCAACUGCGAAGUCGACGUCUGUUAUAUGUACUUGACUUUCUUCCUUGAAGACGACGAGAAGCUCGAAAAAAUUAAGCAGGAUUACACCAGUGGAGCUUUGCUAACGGGAGAACUAAAGAAAAUCUUGAUAGAGACUUUACAGCCGAUGAUCUCAGCGCACCAGGAGCGCAGGAAGCAGGUGACGGAGGACGUGGUCAAACAGUUCAUGACGCCAAGGAAGCUGGACUUUAACUUUUAGCCACUUUUACAAUGUUGGCGGCCGCAGAACCAGUCACAGUCCGGCGUCUGCAUCGCAUCGUGAUCCGAGUAUUAGCCAUAAGCUGGGAUCAUUUUACCGUACUCCAUGAAGUUACAUUGUAAAUCAUUGCAAUAAACCCGUUCUACUGAUGUUAU